AACGCCUCCAUAGGGCAGUCGAACAUGUGCACGCGACACCUACAGCAACAAAUGCAACACGUAAUGAGCGAUCAGUGACCCCUCAAACACAUUCCAGAGCCCAAUUGUCUUAUCGUUCGUUGACAUGUAUGGCUAGAUUCAGCCAUUGUAGAUGACGCUGGCGAGGAGUAGGCGCUGAACUGGCGGUUGUUGAACAUGGCUGCUCCCACCGCUAUCGGGAUGUGGCACGUACUUGCGACCUAUGUAGCACUUUUCGAUGGUCUUACAUUUGGAAUCAUUCCACCUCCCAUCCCAGACUCGAUCACAGAGCUGUCGCAAUAUCUCUACAUAGCUAGUUUUACUUCUUCCAAAAUACUGUAUACCUCAAGCUCGCUGACCCGGUCCGAGUGGUCUUUCUUUGCAGAUCCAGUACGAACCGUUGCAGGGCUCGCUGCAGCAAGAAGCGAGCCCAGAAGAAGCAACAGCUCAAGUGACAGGUUUCCCGUUUGCAGAAUCUGCUUAGCUUCGAGACGCAGCGGGUUACCAGUCAAGCGCAUCAAUCCAAAUGGUUGGAAGAAUUGUACCCCAAGGGCUCAGUAGGUAUGUUCGCAGACAGCUGACCCUCAGGGCACCUGCUGCAAGCCUCCCUCGCUCUGCCGCGUGGCUUAAUCCACAAUCGAAGACGGAACGAUGUCACG